AAAUGAUUUCAUUGAGCUGGUUUCGAACCCGCUUUGGAUGUUCUUCGAUGUAAUUCUCGAAGCAAAACAACUGGCGGUACCCAGUGGCGUUGAAAGGCUGCCAUUUUGCCCAGGUUUUGCCUCAUGCCACAGGUUUGGAUGGUCUUAGACUGUCGGCCUUUAAAUCUUACAUGCGGCACACAUUCUCCUCGCUACCUCAUCCUAUGUCGGACUCAAAGAUUUGGAUAGAUCAGAUUAAGUGUUUGGACGGGGAUGUUUCACAGGGCUUCUCUCAACGUGUAACGCCGCAGCGCGCUUAUUACGCUUUGUGCCAAAUGCUUUUUCGACCAAUUUACAACAAUACAAAGCUUGGCCCAGGUUUGCCUUGGUUGUCUUUAAUCGAUAUCCUUCAAAACGUCAAUCUUGAACUUGUAAUGGCUGGGCUUGUCCGAAAAGUUACAACUCUGAUCAGGAGCUUUAGCUCUCGAAAGAAGAUUGCUGCUAUUGAUGUCACAGACACUGCUGUGAACGAUCCUGAUACCCAGUUGCCGCAACAACCUCAAUCGCCCCUGAAGCCUCGAUCAACCCCAAGAACCCUCUCAGGAAGUGCAAAGCUUCUCCUAGAUGUCCUCCAAUGUGUGUCAGGCGAUGUUCCUUUCACUGGUCUUGGGGCAGUGGUCGGUGGCCUGCAGGUUCUAUUUGGGCAAUAUGAGAAACUCACUGAUAACAACGCCGACAUCGAUGAUCUUCAUCAAAAUCUUGAACGCCUAAGAAAAUACAUUGAACCUAUCAAAGACGAUAUACCGGAAAGUUUUAAAGAGUUUCUGACCAUCAAUCUAGCACCAGAUAUUGCGAUUAUAACCGAUGAUAUUAACGCAGAAAUCGAUAAAGUUAAGAAGCCUUCGGUGUUGGCGAGAUUCCUCUCUGCGGCUCAUGAUGCGAAAGUCAUCGCAGAAUUGGCAAGGAGGGUUAACAGUAUGUUUGCUGAUAUCAUGAUGCAAAUUCAUCGUAUGACUUUGAGGGUAACGAUGCAAGAUCAACUUGGACACAAUCACGCCCCAAGUAGAUGCUAUCCGUCGACAGUUGGUUCGCGACAAACUCAUAGAGGCCCAGGACGCUUUACCUGACAGCUUCGGUCGGAAAGCCUGCUAUUCAGGAACAAGAUCUAGCGUGCUCAAGAGCAUUGAAGAUUGGCUUAAAACGGAUACAUCGCCACAGGUGUUCUGUCUAUCGGGGCAAUCUGGUUCCGGAAAGUCUACCAUAGCUGUCACUGUCUUCC